CCCAUCCCCCGCGAAACCACCGCCCCUCUCCCUUGUCGCCGGCCUCUCCCUCGGCUCUCUCCACCCCUCGUGCUCUCCGCCCUGCUCGCCACCAGCCCUUCCCCUCCCGCUCCAUCCGGGUCGCUGACGGCUGUCUCUCGGUCCGGAGAGUGCUGGCGGCCGCUUUUCCUCUGAGGAACCUGGGAAAGUUUCACAGGAGAGCGAGCGAGCGAGCGAGCCGGGCAGCAGAGCCAGCUGAGCGGCGCCUGGGAUUCUUCCGAAGGCGGAGUCGUGGUCAUCGCCGCGGCCGGCUGGAAGAGGAAGAAGAAGAUCUCGGAGCCGGAGAGCCGUCCAGAGGUCCCGGGGAGCGGCCGCCCUCCAUCGCCUAGGGGCUCUCCCUGCCCUGAGGGACCCGAUAAGAACUUCAGUUUUCUGUUGAUGUGGAGACAUAGGGUACCUCCAAGUUUCCAGUGUUUCAGAAGGGACUUUUAUAUUGAAACUGGAAGACCAAAGUCUUUACAAGCAUGUUGUGCUGGGGAAAUGCAUCCUAUGGACAACUAGGUUUGGGUGGAAUCGAUGAAGAGAUUGUACUAGAGCCCAGAAAAAGUGACUUUUUUGUAAAUAAAAAGGUCCGAGAUGUUGGCUGUGGACUCAGACAUACUGUAUUUGUUCUUGAUGACGGAACUGUGUACACGUGUGGAUGUAAUGAUCUGGGACAGCUUGGUCAUGAAAAAUCCAGAAAGAAACCAGAGCAGGUUGUUGCCCUGGAUGCCCAAAAUAUCGUAGCUGUUUCAUGUGGAGAAGCUCAUACAGUAGCACUUAAUGACAAGGGCCAGAUGUUUGCUUGGGGUCUUGACUCUGAUGGACAACUUGGCCUACUAGGAUCAGAGGAAUGUAUCAGAGUACCCAGAAAUAUUAAAAGUCUUUCGGAUAUCCAAAUAGUACAGGUUGCAUGUGGUUACUAUCAUUCACUUGCACUUUCUAAAGCAAGUGAAGUUUUUUGUUGGGGACAGAAUAAAUAUGGCCAACUGGGUCUAGGCAUUGACUGUAAAAAGCAAACUUCACCACAGCUGAUCAAGUCUUUACUUGGAAUUCCGUUCAUGCAAGUUGCAGCAGGAGGAGCCCAUAGUUUUGUCCUCACCCUUUCUGGGGCUAUCUUUGGAUGGGGACGUAACAAAUUUGGUCAGCUAGGUCUUAAUGAUGAAAAUGAUAGGUAUGUUCCUAAUUUACUAAAGUCACUAAGAUCUCAGAAAAUAGUUUAUAUUUGUUGCGGAGAAGAUCAUACUGCUGCAUUAACCAAGGAAGGUGGAGUGUUUACCUUUGGAGCCGGAGGGUAUGGCCAGUUGGGUCAUAAUUCUACCAGUCAUGAAAUAAACCCAAGGAAAGUUUUUGAACUUAUGGGAAGCAUUGUUACUCAGAUUGCUUGUGGAAGGCAGCAUACCUCUGCAUUUGUUCCUUCUUCAGGACGAAUUUACUCCUUUGGUCUUGGUGGUAAUGGGCAGUUGGGAACUGGUUCAACAAGCAACAGAAAAAGUCCUUUCACUGUAAAAGGAAAUUGGUUUUCUUAUAAUGGGCAGUGUCCACAAGAUAUUGAUUCUGAAGACUAUUUCUGUGUCAAAAGAAUUUUCUCAGGUGGCGAUCAAAGCUUUUCACAUUACACUAGUCCUCAGAGCUGUGGCCCAGCAGAUGACUUCAGAUGCCCUGACCCUUCAAAGCAGAUCUGGACAGUGAAUGAAGCUCUGAUUCAGAAAUGGCUCAGCUACCCUUCUGGAAGGUUUCCUGUGGAGAUAGCCAAUGAGAUAGAUGGAACAUUUUCUUCAUCUGGUUGCCUGAAUGGAAGUUUUUUAGCUGUUAGCAAUGAUGAUCACUAUAGAACAGGUACCAGAUUUUCAGGAGUUGAUAUGAAUGCUGCUCGACUCUUAUUCCACAAACUCAUCCAGCCUGACCAUCCUCAGAUAUCUCAGCAGGUGGCAGCUAGUUUGGAAAAGAAUCUUAUCCCUAAACUGACUAGCUCCUUACCUGAUGUUGAAGCCUUGAGGUUUUAUCUUACUCUACCUGAAUGUCCCCUGAUGAGUGACUCCAACAAUUUCACAACAAUAGCAAUUCCCUUUGGUACAGCUCUUGUGAACCUAGAAAAAGCACCACUGAAAGUCCUCGAAAACUGGUGGUCAAUACUUGAACCUCCACUAUUCCUCAAGAUAGUAGAACUUUUUAAGGAAGUUGUGGUACAUCUUUUGAAACUCUACAAGAUCGGCAUUCCCCCUUCUGAAAGAAGAAUUUUCAACAGUUUUCUUCAUACCGCAUUAAAGGUUUUAGAAAUAUUACAUAGGGUAAAUGAGAAAUCAGGACAGCUUAUACAGUAUGACAAAUUUUAUAUACAUGAAGUACAAGAACUGAUAGACAUAAGGAAUGACUAUAUCAACUGGGUCCAACAGCAAGCCUAUGGAGUGGAUGUCAGCCAUGGAUUAACUGAGUUGGCAGAUAUCCCUGUGACAAUUUGUACAUAUCCAUUUGUAUUUGAUGCCCAAGCAAAAACUACUCUGUUACAAACAGAUGCAGUCUUACAGAUGCAGAUGGCUAUUGACCAGGCCCACAGACAGAAUGUCUCCUCUCUUUUUCUUCCGGUGAUUGAGUCUGUGAAUCCCUGCUUAAUUCUAGUGGUUCGCAGAGAGAAUAUUGUAGGAGAUGCAAUGGAAGUCCUCAGGAAAACCAAGAACAUAGAUUACAAAAAGCCACUCAAAGUUAUAUUUGUUGGAGAAGAUGCUGUUGAUGCAGGAGGUGUACGCAAAGAGUUUUUCUUGCUCAUCAUGAGGGAAUUAUUGGAUCCUAAAUAUGGCAUGUUUCGGUAUUACGAAGAUUCCAGGCUCAUUUGGUUUUCAGAUAAGACAUUUGAAGACAGUGAUUUGUUCCAUUUAAUUGGUGUUAUCUGUGGAUUGGCAAUUUAUAACUUUACUAUUGUGGACCUCCAUUUUCCUUUGGCUUUAUAUAAGAAACUACUGAAACGGAAGCCAUCCCUCGAUGAUCUGAAAGAGUUGAUGCCCGAUGUUGGGAGAAGCAUGCAGCAGUUGCUGGACUAUCCAGAAGAUGACAUAGAGGAAACAUUUUGUCUGAAUUUCACAAUCACAGUUGAAAACUUCGGUGCAACAGAAGUGAAAGAGCUGGUUCUGAAUGGUGCAGACACAGCUGUGAACAGACAGAAUCGGCAAGAGUUCGUCGAUGCCUAUGUGGAUUACAUAUUCAAUAAAUCAGUGGCAUCUUUAUUUGAUGCUUUCCAUGCAGGCUUUCAUAAGGUCUGUGGAGGAAAAGUUCUUCUGCUUUUUCAGCCUAAUGAAUUACAAGCUAUGGUUAUUGGGAAUACAAACUAUGACUGGAAAGAACUGGAGAAGAAUACCGAAUACAAAGGGGAGUAUUGGGCAGAACAUCCCACGAUCAAAAUUUUUUGGGAAGUGUUUCAUGAAUUACCACUGGAAAAGAAGAAACAAUUUCUAUUAUUUUUGACAGGUAGUGAUCGCAUUCCCAUUCUUGGUAUGAAGAGUCUGAAACUAGUCAUCCAGUCAACAGGAGGUGGUGAGAGCUAUCUCCCGGUUUCCCAUACGUGUUUUAAUCUUUUAGAUCUCCCAAAAUAUACAGAAAAAGAAACUCUACGAUGUAAACUGAUUCAAGCUAUUGAUCACAAUGAAGGCUUCAGUUUAAUAUAACCUUGGAGUUCUGACUGUUCUGUUUAGUGCAAAGGUAUCAAACCACUUGUCUUUUUCUUGUGAAUUCAGCAUAGUGAGAAGCAUUUGCAAUUCUUACUUGCAAAUUGUUCACUACUGUAUUGAUGAAAGCCAAAUAUUAAAGAAAACUUGAGCAACUGUUAAUACUAAACUUACUGUACAUAACCAUGAAUUGUCCCCAUCCUCAUAAACAUACAAGUAUUGUGAAUACAUUAAAGUUUUACUAACAGGAAUUUUAAGAGUUUGCAUAUUUCAGAAAUGACCUGAUGUGUGAGUGCAUGUUGCUUAAUGUUUCUUCAAUCACUGGGUAAAAAAAAAAAAAAAAAAAAACCAACCAUUUAACUAUGGCCUGCCUUUAGUCAUUUAUUUUUCCAUUUUGUAAAUAAAAGUUUUGUAAUAAAAUAGUAACAUUCAGAUACCAGUAGUUUCUAUGGUUGUAAUUGAACUGAGCUGAAUUUUAAGGGUUAAAAAUUAUGAUUGUCUGACUCUAUAAAAGCAUGGUGGAAACAAAUCUUUUUGCUACAUUAUAUGUCACUGCAGACCUAAAUUUCAAGUAUUAACUUGUAGCUCAUCCCUCUGAGUCCUGGGAUAUGCUGGCUGGUGGGGUUGUCAAAAUGUGUUGACAGUAAAAGUUGCCAAAAACCAGAGCCAGUGGCCACAGAGAACCAAUCACAAAGUUACAGCUUCAAAACUACAGAUACUCAAGUAUUUAUUCUCAGUGCUUUAGAAAGUCUUAAUGGUGCUGUUUAGUUAUCUCUGUUAGUAAGUUGUGAAACUGAGUUGAUGCAAUGCAUGUAACUCUGCUAGCUACAAUGCAAAUAUUUAUUUUUUAAAUUUAAAAAAUGCCUUUAAAAGCUUAAAUAAAGACUUUAAUAGCUUAA